AGUUUAAAAGGAUUAGGGUAAGUAAAGGGCAAUUAACUCAAGGGUGUAAUUCAAAUAAUGGUUAAUCAAAGGCUGGAGGUCAUUGCUAGUACAACAAAUAUCAGGGUUUCGUGAUUUUGCCUGAAAAAGAGGAUCGCCAAGAACAAUAGCGGAAACUACGAGUUGUUGACGGUAAGCGGGAACGCGAGCGAGUGCACAGUGAGGUGAAAAAUGUACCUGAAGAAGCCACUAUGGAGCGAAACGACGUCGAAGCAGUCCUCCUCGUCAACUGAAUCCGAACAGACUGCCGUUUCCGAGCUCAUCAACUCCCUAACUAAACAACGUCUCUACCGCGAAAUCACUCUCGCCCUCCGUAACGGCCUCCGUGAUGCACGUGCCGAUUUCUCCUUCCUCCGCCUCCGUGGCCUCCGUUCCCUCCUCAAAAUCCUCCGCUCCGUCGCACAAUCUGACUCCACCAUUAACCUCUUUUGCCACUCUCAAACCCUUCCCGAUCUUCAAGUUGUGCCUGUUUUGUUUCAACAUUCGUUUAAAGAGGAUUCGGUGGAGGAUGGAGUGACAAGUUUGGAUCAUAUAUUCAGUGUAGAUCCAAUGAAGAUAACGAGUCCUUCAACCGACUCUGAAGUGGCUCUUGCGCUUCGAGUUUUGGAAGGAUGUUGUUUGCUUCACAGAGAGAGCACUAAUUUAGCCCAUCAGCACAAAGCAAUUCAGGUUUUGAUGAAUAUUAUAUCAACGCGAGGAGCACAGGGACAAGGAGCUUGCUUGGAUGCUUUAAUUUCAAUAAUGCUGGAUUCUUCUGCCAAUCAAAUGGAUUUUGAGUUAUACAAUGGUAUAGAGGAAGUUGCAGAGCUCAUAAGAGACAAGCAAGUGGAUGAAAAUCUCAGGUUAAAAUGUGGAGAAUUCCUGCUAUUACUCAUUGGGCAUCUAAAUGGGCGGGAAAGGUCUCCCAUGGCCACCAUACAUGAAGACAUAAGGCGACUUCUUGGUGAAAAAUCUGCAUCAUUGAUAUGGGCAGCAAGUCAAUUUGGCUCUACCCUUAAUCCAGAUGACAGACUGACAGCUUUACACAUUCAAGCUGGCAGGAUUUUAGAAUCUCUAGAUUUGUACUAAUUCUAAUGCUGGAAUUCGCAAUAUUUCAUGGUAAAGUUCCAUUGGUGACCAGAGGACAGAAAGAUGCUUGUAUGUAUCAUAGUAUCAGUGCACCAUGGUUGAGAAUGGUCUCAUUGCAUAAAAUAACUUGCCAGUGUUGUGUUUACAGAGCAAUUUCAAAUUGUGUUUUUAUAUUUAGGGUUAGAGAAUUCAAGGUGUUGUAAAUCUCACCUGUUCUCUCGUGAGAUCUAUCACUAGCAAGAAAAGCAUGUAUCUCAUCUUUGUCCUCAAUCCAACUGUAGCCUGGGCUCUUCUGCA